AGACGUUUGUAUCGUUGUCGUUGCAAUCGCUAUGGAUUCCGCGUAAUUCGCGACAUUAUCGUUUUGCAAUCGGUUUGAAAGUCCAACGACGUACGAACUUUCAAGUACUUGCCUAUCCACGUUUUUCCCCUCGUGCGACGCGUUUUAUAACGUGCACGCGCGCGAGUAUUUAUAAAUUAUACAGCUACGCCUAGUGGUUCUUUAGCGCGGUAUGUACGCGUUUGCGUGUCGUUGAAAUCGCAUCGAUCGGUCGCUCGAGUUCGUGUCGCGAUGUACGUACAACAACGAUGCAUGCUGCAUGUGCAUUUGCGUGUAUAAACGUUCCCUCUCCCAGCGAACGAGUUUCCACGAUAAGCGUAUGUUUCGAACGGUAGCGUGUAAUUGAGCAGAUACUACGCGUCCGUUAUCGUGAAACUCAAUUAAUUUAAUGCAAUUGCUCGAAUUGACUCGAUUUGCUUCGUUCCGUCGGUAUACGUAUAUAGAUUUACCGAUCGGUCGGGUCCAUACGAUACGCAGAGUCCUUUCGAGGUUGUCCAAGUCGUGUGCGUGGCGUUCAAAGUCAUUCGAAGGUCGUAUUCGUUUCACUCGUUGGCGAAGCGGUUUAAAAAUGGCGCGUGACAAAGAUUGGCGCGAACCUGGUGGCGAAACGGCGCGUUAGAAAAGGUUCGUGGAGCCACUUGCAGCAGUGUGCUCGUGCACGACUGUUUCGAGUGUAGCGCUAACCACUCUGUGAUUAUUCCGCCCGAAGAAUCGCCAAAAAUAUGCAAAAAUAUGAGAAGCUCGAGAAAAUAGGAGAAGGUACUUAUGGAACCGUUUUCAAAGCCAAGAACCGCGAGACUCACGAAAUCGUUGCUUUAAAGAGAGUUCGAUUGGAUGAAGACGACGAAGGUGUACCGUCGUCCGCGCUCAGAGAGAUUUGUCUACUGAAAGAGUUGAAACAUAAGAAUGUAGUGAGGUUGUACGACGUAUUGCACAGCGAUAAAAAGUUGACGUUGGUUUUCGAACAUUGCGAUCAAGAUUUGAAAAAGUAUUUCGACAGUCUAAACGGAGAAAUCGAUUUGGACGUGGUCAAAUCCUUUCUCUACCAAUUGCUCCGUGGAUUGGCAUUUUGUCACAGUAGAAACGUAUUGCACAGGGACCUUAAACCACAGAAUUUGCUGAUCAACAAGAACGGCGAAUUAAAGUUAGCCGAUUUUGGACUGGCGAGAGCUUUUGGAAUCCCUGUAAAAUGCUACUCCGCGGAAGUCGUUACGUUAUGGUACCGUCCACCGGACGUGCUCUUUGGAGCAAAAUUAUACACAACGUCCAUCGAUAUGUGGAGCGCCGGUUGUAUAUUUGCCGAAUUAGCAAACGCCGGUAGACCACUGUUUCCCGGUUCGGACGUAGACGAUCAAUUGAAGAGAAUAUUCAAGAUGCUGGGUACGCCGGUCGAGGAAACGUGGCCGGAUUUUACCACUCUUCCAGAUUACAAGCCAUUUCCACUCUAUCACCCCGCUCAGGGAUUGGCUCAAGUUACGCCGAAACUUAAUUCCAGAGGCAGAGACUUGUUACAGAAGUUAUUAGUAUGCAAUCCAGCGUUACGGCUGUCAGCGGACGAAGCAAUGGUGCAUCCCUACUUCAACGAUUUAAACCCUGCCAUUAAAAACGAUCGUUGUCAGUAGUGAAUGCCACUCGAAUUGCCUCGAUCUACAGCGUAUGUCGCGAGUAGCGUAACGACCAAAAUCACGCCGGCAAAGAUCGUUUGUUAAAAAAAAAUAUAUAUAUAUAUAUAUAAAAUAUAUAUUAUAUAUAUAUAAUAUACAAUAUAUAAAAAACGAUAUAUUUAUAUAUUAUAUAUAUAUAUAAUAUAACUAGUAUCGUAAGUAUAUAUUUCGCACUCGAUGCGUCGGUUAUGACGCGAGACGAAGCGACGGGUCCUGUGUUAUAAUAAGAAUGUCCAAGAGAAAUCAAUAAAUUGUCAAUUUUAUUAGCGACGACGAUUUAUAUUCGAAACGCGCAGAGUGCGUGAUAUAUUUCAGAAACUUACUGUACAAAAUAUCGCCAAAGAUUUCCGUAAACUACAUACACACGUGUAUUGCUGAUCGUAUAUGAACUUGUAUUACGCAUGGCGUCUAGUCGCGUGUAGUCGCGUCUAGCCGCGUAUGCACGUUCGUUUAUUCACUUGCUCACUUAUUUUGUAGAUGUUUGUAUAUUUAUUAAUUUAUCUAUUCGUUAAUUUAUCUAUUUAUUUAACGAUUACGAAAUAAUUUACAGAUAUUAAAUACAUUUCUUAAAGAUA